AUGGGUUGUAUUGGUGGCACGAUUUGGCACGGUGUCAAAGGCGCACGUAACUCGCCGCGUGGGGAGCGCUUGAUGGGCUCUAUUUCGUCCAUCAAGGCGCGUGCUCCUGUUCUUGGUGGUAAUUUCGGUGUAUGGGGUGGUCUUUUUACUACGUUUGAUUGCUCUGUGAAGUCUAUUCGUCAAAAAGAGGACCCAUGGAACGCCAUCUGUGCCGGAUUCCUGACGGGCUCUAGUUUGGCCAUUCGCGAUGUAGGAGGUCCUAAGACUGCGUUCGGUGCGGGUGUCAUGUGUGGUAUUCUCCUUGGUGUCUUUGAAGGUGUCGGUGUCCUCAUGCAGCGCCUCCUGGCCGAGAACAACAAGCCCGUUGCGCCUAUUAUUCCCGAGGGUGGCGCGAUUGGUGGCAGUGCACCAACGUUAUCCCAUUCGUAA